ACUCUAGAUUCAAUAUCUUACAAACGAACAGGUAUAAGUUCAUAUUUUCUUUUUCUCCCGAUAUGUGAAGGUGAUAUAGGAGUGAAUCCACAUUAUGCUGCUGAAGGUGAUGGUGGUUUCCGCGGUGGCGGUGGCGUUACUCGCCGUCUAUUUACGGCCAAGGUUUCCGGAGACCGCCAGCAACAGGGGAAGGAAAACUGCCGUUGGACUCAUCUUUAAAUUCACGCAACUACUUGAAUUUUGCGGAAGCUUAGUAGGGAUCCCUCCCGUGGUGACGGGCAGGGCGAUAUUUAACGGAGUACUCCUCGCCGGAAAGCCAGCUCCUGAUAUUCAGGAGACGACUACUGAGAUUGAGGGUGUAGAGGUAUUGAUAUUGCGACCGGCCGUACAGACGGACAAACUGCGUCCCGGCAUUAUACACAUACACGGAGGGGGCUGGAUCUUAAUGUCACCAGCCCACUAUCGACCACUAACCCAGGUGCUGGCAAGACAGACCGGCAGUGUAGUUAUAUCUAUCAACUAUCGCCUAGCUCCGGAGUAUCCGUUUCCGGUUCCGUUUGAGGACUGUCUGAAAGCUACCCGCAGUAUUUUGAAAAACCCAGAGAAAUACGGAAUCGACCCUCGCAUGAUCGGGAUUUUUGGUGACAGCGCCGGUGGAAACCUUGCAGCCGCCGUAUCGCUGAAUAUAACCAACGACGACGAACUCCCGACAGACCCUUUCCGGUUCGUGACAUUGGUUUACCCAGCUCUUCAAAUGACGAACUUCAAACUUCCGGCUUACCAGAACUACGCAUACGGCCCCGGCUCCCUCGACAAAAACUUAAUGCUGAAAUUUUGGCUCCAAUAUGCGUUCGGUGACCUUGGGUACUAUAAUGCGUUUUGGGAUAACCGCCAGUUUGACAACAUUGACAUGGAACAUAAGGACAUGGUCAGUGUCAAGUUACUGCCGGAGUUUUUAAAGAAAGUGGAAAUGUCUGAAUCACAGUCUAAAAUUAAGUCAACUAACGCAGUAUUACCUGACAAUUAUAAAGACAUUUUGUUAAAUCCAAUGUUCGCCCCUUUGAUGGCCUCAGAUGAAGAACUUGCAAAUUUUCCACCCACCUACAUAGUGAACGCGGAAUUUGACGUACUGCGAGAUGACGGGUUCAUGUUUGCGGAGCGUUUAAAACGUGUUGGUGUCAGUGUGAAGCAUUCUUAUGUGCCAUCGGAAGAACACGGGUUUCUCAUGUUUCCGGAAAAAGAUUUAGAAGCUAAAAAGGGGGUGGAUGACUUUGUUGAAUUCUUUAAUGAUGCAACGAAGUAGUGAACUGUUUUAUUCGUUCUGUAAUUUUAGUAUCAGAGUUAAAUGCUAUGGAAAUGAAUAACAUUGCAGUAUUAUAUAUUCCUCGUUUUAAGGUUUGCUAUGUACAGUGUGUGUAUACCAUGUAAUAAGUUGCGUCAUAAAUGCUACGUCGGAAGACAAUAUUUUGCUUCAAAUGAUGACUUAAAAUUUUACUGAGUUAAAACAAAGAUAACUUCACUAUUUCUUCACCAUUUUUAAUGAAACAUAGCACACUCUACGCCGCUAACUGAGCCCCGUGGUAUACACACACUGAUGUACAUUAAUGUGAACUUUUCAACGCUGGUGACCCGAAAAUAUUAUAAUCGAAAAUUUGCUUUGAUCUUGAAACAUAUAACGACUUCUCAUUUCAAUUCC